GAAUAAUCCGCAGUUUCUCGCCUGUAUGACCUACGACACGUGGUCACGCCAAAGAAAAGGUGUGGGCGUCCCCGAGCCGCCGCAAGAUGGACACGAAGGGGGAGGGGGAGGAGAUGACCUACCCCCACAUAUGCUUCAUGGUUGACAAUUUCGAUGAGGUGUUCUGCGACAUCGUGGUGCGUGAUGGCGAGAUGGUGUGCGUGGAGCUGGUGGCGCGAGGGCGCGGCGGCGCGGCGCAGGCUGUCAUCUUCCUCGGAUCCAUCCGCUACGACGCUCUGACCAGGGUCUACGACGCCAGGCAAUCGUCGUUGUCGACGAAGGUCGCGCAGCGCAUGUCUUUCGGGCUGCUGGGCGCUCGCACCGCCACACGCUGCGAGUUCGUCCGCAUGAAGGGACCCGGUGGCAAGGGACACGCCGAGGUGGCGGUGUCGAGGCCGCGCGGCGCGGGCACGCACACGCCGAGCUCCGAGCCCGGCAUGUCCAUGGCCGAGCUGUGGGAUAGCGACUGGGAGGACGACGACCCCGACGACAUGUUCCUGUAUCGAAAUCAGCGGCGGCUGAGCGACCCGAGUGCCAACAUCACGACGUUCGUGCGCGGCGGCUGGCGCGCGCGCGACCGCGACCCGCGUGACAAGAGCCGCUCCGAGAAUGAGGGCUUGGACUCGCUGCAAGACGGCCUGGCCGAGGUCGAAGCCGGCGACCUGCGCGACGAGCUGGAUGACGGCGCGUACAACCCGCUGUGGGCGCUGCGCGGGUUCUCGCAGACGUUCCACCUGUGGAAGGAGGGCAAGCGGCAGCAGUCGGCGCCGCUCAACGCCUACCUCACCUACGUCACGCUGCCCUGGUGGAGUAUCGCUAAAGAUAUCCUAGACCACCGCGAGGAGCCGAUCCUGACGUUUUGAGUGCACGGAGCGACGCGCCUGCCGCCCGCGACGCCGCUCGCCGCUCGGUGAUGCUCGUUCGUACUGCUUGUGCACUGAGGGCCCUUUUCCUUCAUACGUCGUAUUAUCGCCCGUGCGCCGAUCGGCCGCAUGAUCGACAACAUGCUCUUAACCGCAUGUUGCCCGCAUGACUGGCAUGCGGGCAACAUGCGGUUAGGAGCAUGGCACAAAAUCAUCUUAGAAAUGAAAGAAUGCGGGCGACUUGGACACUUACGGCCUGUCCACAUCUCCACGUCACGACUUCAUCAACGUGGAACGUAACGUACCAGGUUACCGCACCGUUCCACGUUGAGGAUGUCGUGACGUGGACCUGUGGACAAGCCCGUACGCACGCGGGCGAUAAUACGCAUAAUAGGAAAAAUGCUCUGAGCCAGGUUUUCGAGUACCUCGGUGCCGGCGGCGCGCGGGUGUAUCGAGUAACUCGUAAGAUCUCAUUUCGUUUAUUUUCGUAUUCAAAAAAGUCCUAGUCAAGCGUUUGUAUUUUGUAUGAUAAAAAUAUAUUUUGUAAGUGGAGCAGUGAUUAACAUAGAUAGAUUCGGUAUCCGUUAAAUAAGUACGAGAGACAUUCGAACGAAUAUGUAUAGAAUAUUUUUAUUGUAUGUAACCUUGUGUAUUAAUAGCAAUUUAAAGUAGCAAAACCUAUAAGACAUAAUAUUAUGACAAAACGCGUGACUUUCUGAUGUUUACGUCUAAUGAUUAAAGAUGGCGUUUCAAAGUGUAAUCAGUUUCAAAGAAACUUAAAAAUUAACGAUUAUGCGAAUUUAAAUCAGUUAAUAUUCCUAAAUAAAAGCGUGCUAAACGAUCUAUUAAAUCAUUUUUUUUCAACUACAAACAAAGCCAUCUGGUGUAACUUUUUGGAACUAUUUUAUAUCACUUCUU